UCACUCCAUAUUUGACAUCCACGUGGAAGUUUUAUGUGCUUCUGCUCUUCUCGUUUCAAUUUCAUUUUUUAUCCUAAAAUACAUCAUCUUUUUGGUCACACUUUCACUGGACCCAUCAGUUUAAUGCUCAACUAACAAGUUGAAACCACGCACAUUCCCCUAUUUGGUUUCAUGUCUUUCGUUAAAACAGAAACAUUUUCAGCUCAGGGAAGUAAACCACUGACAGCUUUUUGUUGAAUCUUGAAGGAAAUUUUCUGGGGUCUUCAAAUCAUACUUGGCCACAUAUGACAACAGAUACAACAACUCCAAGUUAUUGGUUGAACUGGAGAUUCUUACUCUGUGCAAUAUGGAUAUUAGCAGCUAUGGUGGUUUCAAUUCUUAUAAUAUGGAAGCGUGAAGAAUGUUCUUCGAAUUCGAAAAGAAGCCAGCAAAGAGAGAAUGGGCAAAUGAGAGCAGGGAUUUUGUACAAAUAUGAUGUUUGGAAGACAUGUUACAAAGCAAUCCAUCCUAAUUGGCUGCUUGCUUAUAGACUAAUUGCUUUCGCCGUGCUUCUCUCUUUGCUCAUUGCAGAUGUAGUUCUUCAUGGCGUACGCAUACUUUAUUUCUAUACUCAGUGGACAUUCACCUUAGUUACAGUCUACUUUGGGCUAGGAUCUUCACUCUCCAUUCAUGGCUGUUUCCAAUCUCGCAAAGGAGGUAAAGGUGAUAGUGUUGAUACAGAGAGAGGCACUUACACUACUCCAAUUCCUGAAAAUGCAAACGUUCUUAUUGUAUCCAAUGGCUUGAAUUCCCAUGGAGAACCACAUGUUAGAGAAGCUGCAGGUCCUUGGAGCGUUGCCUUUCAAAUAAUAUUCCAGAUGACUGCAGGUGCUGUUGUUCUUACAGAUUGUGUUUUUUGGCUCGUUAUCUACCCAUUCCUCACUGACAAAAAUUACAGAUUACAUUUUCUGGCUGUUUGUAUGCAUUCUGUCAAUGCUGUUUGCCUUCUCGGUGAUGUGUUUCUAAAUCGUCUACGGUUCCCUUUCUUCCGUGUAACAUAUUUUGUGCUCUGGACAUGUGUGUUUGUCAUUUUCCAGUGGAUCCUCCAUAUUUUUGUCUCAAUGAGGUGGCCUUAUCCCUUUCUAGAUUUGUCAUCUCAAUAUGCUCCCCUUUGGUAUUUUGCUGUUGGUAUUCUCCAUCUCCCUUGCUAUGGCUUCUUUGCCUUGCUAAUUAGAAUGAAGAACUGUUGGUUAUCCAGAUUAUUUCAUAGCUCCAUAAAGAUAUAAUCAGAGUUGCAGAUGGUCAAUGAGUUCAAACUUCAGUAAGAAGCCCAGCAUUACACGGAUCGGAUCACUCAAUGAAACCUUAAAGCUGUCUGGGGCAGGAGAAAACUCAUAUUAUGCACUGCCGAGGCAUCAAUUGGUAAAUAACAUUAUUUUUAGGGCCACUCAAAUAAAUCAGUAGGGUAAGACAUCCGAUUUAUUUUUUCCAAAUGACUUAAUUUACUUGUUCUGGUUUUUGGUGUAGUUGAUAAUUGAUUGUUGAUUUAAUUUAAUACUGGACAUUAAACCAUGAUUUUACAGGGUGGUUCUACAGUACAAAUGAGAUACUCUGGUUUUCGGUUUGUCAUGUAUGUCUUUUUAUCUCCAUUUCAUAUUUUCUGUAACUGCUGAUGCUAGUUAAGAUAGCCUAAUUUUCUAAGCUGGUAUCAUUAUACGUAUUUAGCCAAAAUUAGCAGCGCAGCUGCUAAUAUCUCCAUGUUGUGCCUAUGUAUAGCAUUUUUUGCACCAAUUUUAUACACAAUUAAGACUGCUACAUGUUCUAAAAGUCUUCAACUCUAUUUUCGCUUCGGUGUACUGGCAUAUACAAUUAUUGUUUUCUUGGACGAUUUGUGCAUCGGGCUGCCUUUUUUUCCCUUCUGAUAACCGAGAAAUUUUCAAGGUCCAACUGGUGUGGAUCAUGUCGUUUCGAAAAUCAGGUCACUGCUAAACUAGUCAAUCUGGCUAGAUAUAUUUAUCCUAGAUGCUUCGUUUGAACUUCCAUUUAUGCACAUAUUUGGUUGUUUUUAAACCGAGGGUCUAUUGGAAACAACCUCUUUAUCCUCACAAGGUAGGGUAAUGUAUGCGUCCCCAGACCCCAGACCAUACAGUGUGGGAUAAUACUUGGUAUGUUGUUGUUGUUGUUGAUUGUUUUUAAUGUAGCACAUGAACCAGAUUACAUGCGUCGAAGAUAAUUCUUCUUCAAUGAAAUGUAAUUGUUUUCAUUUGCCAGUAAUAUCAACUGUUAAUACAACUUGUUCCCUAGAAAUCACAUGUUGUAGUCAAGUGAUUAAUACAUUUAUUUACCGUCA